AACAUUUUUCUAUCUUCAAAUUCCCAGCUCCUACAAGGUAUAUACCCUUCCAAGUUCCAAAUACUUGCUAGGCAACCCACUGGCACCCUUUUGUUGCCUACUACACACACAAUCCAUCAAACAACAUUCCAACCACAAUACAAUGUCUCUGUUAACAGAGGAGAUUAAGGCCAAGGCAGAGAUGUACUAUGGCGACCGAGUUUGUCGCCAGAAGUUCUCUCUGUUGUUGGCCGAAAUAGGCCUACCGGACGGCCUACUAACCAUUCAGGACAUCGAGGAGUGCGGCUACGUCAAAGAAGAAGGCUUUGUUUGGCUCAAGCUUGAGGAGAAAAAGGAGCACAAGUUUGACAAACACAACAUAGUUGUGUGCUAUGACACAAUUGUCACUGCACAUGUUGAGCCAAACAAGAUCAAGAACCUCACUGGCGUGAAGGCCAAGGAUUUCUUGCUUUGGUUCACUUUGACUGAGAUUCAUGUCAAAGGGGAAGAAGGAUCACAACAGGGGCCUGUCAUCACUUUCAAGUCACUAGUUGGUUUGUCUAUGUCUUUUCCUGUUUCAUUGUUCAUGGCAGGAAAUGAAGCAAUAGAAGAAGCAAAGCAAGACAAAUGGUGGAGAAUGAUCAAACUAUAAAGUUAGUUACUUUCUUUGUUAUUGUGAAUUAAAGAGAGUAAUAAACAAAAACAAGAAUAAAGUAGUAGUAGUAUGAUUAUUAUUAUUGUAGAAUGGAUUGUGCAUUGGAUUAUGCUAAUGUUAAUGUAUAUUUUUAAUGAUUUAUUGGUAAAAGUAUCUCAGAAAUUAGUGAACCUCUGUAAAAGAUUGAGGUGCACAACAAAAGAAUAUGCUGAGCAAUAUUUGUUGGGUUCAGAAUAUGCUUACAAGUCA